GAGAACGAAGACGAAGGACUACAAACUCAGUCAGCUAGAAGCUUAAUGGAAAGCCGAACUCCGACUCAUGUACAGCACCACGUGAUCAAUAUGCAUACUUAUGUUUGGCAUUGUUUGACUCAAUGCUCACCAAAUUCUUUCCAGUGCACCUCCGAUCGACUCUACUUCGACGUUGUCGCCAUCGGCCUCAACAGCGAGCUUGACUUUUCUCAGCAGUUUGCUUCCUUUGCUUUAAAAUCGAUCUCAUGCUUCCAUAACUUUGAAAUCGUGUUCGAUUAAUGUCGUCUGGAGUUAUCCAAUAUCCAUCGAUAAACCCACAAAACAGCUUUUUAAGGUGUCCCUCUCCGUAAAUUCCAUAGGCCAAUCACUCAUAUAACCUGCAAGUUGCAGCAUGUUUGAAGAUGAUGAAGACUCUCUCUUUGGCUCGCCGCCUCCGUCUCCAGUUAGAGGUAGGUCACCGGCGUUUCCCGCUAAAGCAGCCCAAGAGAGGGGCACAGGCAUAACACAAAAUGUGGGGGCCAUUGCACUUCCUGGUUCCCAUAUGUCAUGUUCUGAACUACCAGCCGACCUAUUAGCCUUGCCGUUCGGCGGCUUUAGCACUCGCGAGCCUCCCUCACAUGCGCUGCCAGUGAAAAGCACCUUGCAAGCGCAACCGACGCGAUCGCCUCAUGUUACCUCGUCGGUACCUUUUUCGACAUCUCGCCCCUCUUCGAGGGCCACGGGAAAACGGAAAGCAACGAAAUCACAAUCAGCAACACCCCGUCCUGCACCCCCGCCUAUACCGUUCCCUGGCCCAGAUGAACCACUACCUUCUAAUUUCUUGCGAAACCAGGAAGCAUUAUUGGGCAUAGCUGGCCUCGUCGGAAACGUGAAGCCAACCAGCCUUCCACAACGAACAAUCCGCGGGUCUACGCCUUCUAACCCCAUUGUCAUUGAGGAAUCUGAUCUGGCGCACCUGCCUCACGUCGAUUCUAGUCAGCUCACCUCAGUCAAUGGAGAAGAUGCCAUUGCCUCCCUCAUCAGACAGAAAAAUAUAUUUCCCGUGUUAUCAAGCAUCGUGAAACUCCUGGGCAACUCUCCAGCUGCGUCCACACAAUCACUAUCUACUAAUGAUCAUGCAUCUCCGCGCCCAUGCAGUGAGCCCGCAACGACUGCUCCACCCCCACUGAAACGUCGCAAACUCACAAGCGUCCCUGCUGGUGCAGUGGAGUGGGACGUGCCCUACCCAUUUCCUGAAGGUGAGGGCCCUAAGGCAUAUCACGCUACAUGGGAGCGGGAGCGUGCGAGGCAUCUAAUUACGCAGCUUGUGGAGUCGAUCAAGGGUGCUUUCGAGUCAUCUCCACUUGAUGACGAUCAGGUUCCACCAUCUUCUUCUUCGCAGUCAUCCACGAGCGUCUCUAAACCCUCCAGGCAUACCUCGUCACCUUCUCCUGUAUCACCUACAACUACCAAUACCUUUCAACAUAUAAUUCCAGACUGCACCAUUGAUCCUGCACUCUUGCUAUUUCCUUGGAUGGCUGAAUAUGCUCACCUGUUUCACGCGAAUGGCGUAGAUUCAGUCGCUGCUGCCAAAAUGUUGUUGCAGUUCGCCACAAGACCUAUUGUACCUUCGCCUCCUCCCUCACACACAGACAUUUCGCCGGCAGUACUCACGCCAUAUCCUCAAACUACCCCAUCCUGUUUCUCGCCAUUGACGCACCUGCAGCCAGUCUCUCCUCAAAUAUCUCGCUCGCCGUCUGUCCAAUCUAUGCACAAAUCGACUCCUUCCGUUCCUCGCCGUGCCGGCUUCAAGGCGCGCGCACGGGAACGUCGCCGGCAGAUCGUUGGAGAGAUCGAGCGGGCAAAGGUGGAGUUAUGGGAGACGAGUAUUGAGGGAGGGGUGUUGGGGCAUCUGAUGAAGGAUCCAACACUGUCUUGAUACAGUUUACUUACGAGAUCGACGUGUAUUGCAUGCGGUGGUAGCUCAGCCCGUUCCCAGAGCCAUGCAUUUACUGUUUUAAUGCUAUACAGUAUAUAACUACCACUACGGCACCGCUCCUGAAUUUGCAUUGAAUUGAAAACUUGUUGAGUGAAGAGUAGACAGCCUUUGUGCCACGUGAUCCCGACGCGUCGCGUUCGAACUUCAGGGACGUAAACAUAUCUCAACAAAGGUUCUGCACACCUUCAGACG